CAGAGUGGACAGCCCAAACACGUAGUGGCAGCAGACAACUAUCAAACAACGUCGUCCUGACAGUUUUUAAACUAACAACCCACCUUCACCGGUAAACAAUGUGACCAAGUGAGAAGAAGACCUCGGCGAGGACUGUGAGAGACGCAUGACAACCAACUUUGGUUGUUGUGAGACGCACCAUGACAUCUCAGCCGAGUGCACACGAUGGAGAGAGGCACCUCCUUCGCCUCCGAGCAUGGCAACAGAGGGUCCAAGAAGCCAGCCAAACCCAAGAACCUAAGCCUGAGAAUGUACCCCUUUUUGGCGAGCCAUACAAGACAAACAAAGGAGAUGAACUUUCCAAUCGAAUCCAGAGGAUGCUGGGCAAUUAUGAAGAUGUGGAUACUCCCUCACCACUUUCCAUUGAGACGAUACCCACUCCCGCUUAUGCAAACCUCUCACAGUCGGAUCAGGGUCAGUUAAACACAGAUAAAUCAACCAAACCUCCAAUUCAGAACCAGGUCCUUUCCAUGUCCACACAAAGCCAGAAGGAGCCUUCUAGUAACUCCUUGCACCCCAUGAGAGGAGUUACUACCACUUCCCCGACUCACCAUGGACAUUCAUCCACUUUCUCAAAGCCACCUUUAAACCACAGUCAGGGCAGUCAGCUUAACCACUCAGCACAUCAACAACAACAAAAGAAGAACGAAGUCUUCUCAGACCUCAGGGACCGUGCCAGUCUUUACCACGAAAUGUCUGAUCAGUCUGACGAUGUUAAGCCGCUACCCUUCCUACAUUCCAGUGACCAUAAUCACAUGGACACAGACACUAAGGACACUGUUGAUGAAUAUCAAGGGUCCACAGACCAUGCCUCUGAGUCUUCCAGCAAUGUAGAUGUUUCCACAUUGAAAAUUAAACAAUCCCCUAAGGAUGUAUCACUGCCUGAGGCUAACAAAACUAACGCACUACCCUCCCAGACUUUUCCUCUCCUGUUGUCAUCUAAGCAGCCCAGUGUGGUCAUGACCCAGAAGCCAACAGCAUACGUGCGGCCCAUGGAUGGGCAGGACCAGUUGGUCACAGAGUCACCUGAGCUAAAGCCUUCACCAGAACCAUAUGCACCACUGCCAGAGUUGAUAGGCAAGUCUGACCUGGGUAAAACAAAGAAAGCGCCACAAUUUUUGGAGACAAAGACAGAUGAAGCUCAAUGUGUGGAGGACAUCUUAAGGGAAAUGGCUCAUGCUUGGCCACCUCUCCUAAAAACUAUACGCACACCAAGCACAGAUGAGCCCCCCAAGUCCCCUUUCCUAGCCAAGGAAGCAAAGCAUGCCUCUUCAUGUCCAGGACAGAGAAACCAUGACUCCUCACCUCCUGAGUCAUCUCAUCCCAGCCAACAGAUGUCCUCAUCUUCAUUUGAAGUGGCACAUUCCAGCGGGGUAGAGUCUAUGAGCUCCAGUGAAUCGGAGAGUAGCUCGGGAUCAGAUUCGGAGAGUGAAAACUCUACUGUGGAGCCACCUCAGCCCCCAGCUGGCACCUCAGUUAAAACUGAGGCUGACGCCCCAGCAGUGAGCCAUGAGGACUGGCAGUUGGGAAACUGGAUCAGGUCCAGCCAACCAAAUUCUGGCAGUGAAAGUCAAAGCGCGGUACUUGUUCCUGAGAACGCCUCUCAUAAAGAACAACAGUUCACUCAAGACUUCAAACACUCCAGCGUUCAAGUGGUUGACUCCACUGGGGAGUCUCAGCCUCAGCUUUCUUCUCACCACACAGACAGCACCGCCAUUUCUCAGCAAAGCAGUGAAAGCUCUCAGGACAACUGUUGUCUGCAAAGUCGCCAAAAAUCUCUCUCUGCUAAUGUGAACAGCUCAAAGAAAUUCUCAAAAUCGGUGAAAGGAGGUUGUCCAGACCACACUGAUGCAGCAACCCCUGUGAAAUGUGAGGAAGCGGUAACAGCUCAAACAAAAUACCCGUGUUUCACAGAUAGACCCAAGGUAAAGACGAAAGUAGGACACUGCAAAAAAAGUAAAGAAGGCAGUAAUGGUAAAAGAGACAUUAAAAGGACUAAACUCAGUUCACAGCAUUUUCCUAACUCCUGCCCCACCCAAAGCCCUGUUCAGCCUGCCCCGCCAGUCAGCAUCAGUUGUAGCAAAUCCGACGCAGAGACCAUCUGCCAGACGGGCACCAAGAUGCCUCACAAAACGACCCACAAGCACUUAGAGAAGCCUGGGCGUACUGCCAAGGCUUCUCGGGACCUCGGGAGGACUCCCAGAUCCCUAAUGGUGAAGAUAGAGCUAAGUCUGCUCUCAAGAGUGCCCCAGACCUCUGGCAUUCACCAAGGAAUUCCCAGCACUGCAAAACAAUCUGCACAGGUCACGGAUCCAGAUAAAGUAGGCGGUGGUACUUCUGCAACACACAACCACACUAAAACCAGCAGGAAGAGUAAACCACAAAAUGCUGAGGUAGACAACAAAGGUCUUCCCAGGAAGAAACAGAAGCUGGAAAACAAGACUGCUUCAUUGACUAAAGUUUCUGUGAAACUGAAAUGUUCAAGCAAUCUAGCAGAGGCCCAGCAGCAGAGGAAGGCCAAGAAAGAUUGUCAGCACCCUGAACCAUCUGAAGAUGCUGCUAAAAAGUCAAAGCUUCACAAGAGCCAGGCGAAAAUACCAGAAUCGAGUAAGAAAACAGAAAAGAACAUGGCGUCUCAUAAACCCAAGAAGAGCAAUGGAAAAUCCACAGAGCACCCACAGUCUGAAGCGAAUAAGUCCCCAAAGGUCAGCUUUGCUGUAACAUCAUCAUCACAGCCCCUCAGCAAACCUGUGGCUAACAAAUCCUUGCUCAAAUUUGAAGAGAGACAACAUCCAGUGAAGCAUUACAUAAAAGAGGCCAAAAGACUGAAGCAUAAAGCAGAUGCAGAGUCGGAUAAGCUCAGUAAAGCUUUCAACUACCUUGAUGCUGCCAUGUUCUUUGUUGAGAGUGGCAUUGCCAUGGAAAAAGAUCCACAGACGUUGUUGUCUUCCUACACAAUGUUUGCAGAGACUGUGGAACUCCUCAAGUUUGUGCUGAAACUUAAAAACUCAGUGGACCUUUCUGCUCCACCCCCAGAGAAAGACUUUCUAGUUUUAUGUUUGAAGUGCCAGUCUCUCCUGCAAAUGGCCAUGUUUCGACACAAACACAAAGCUGCUCUAAAGUAUUCAAAGACUCUCACUGAACACUUCAGUAGCUCUGCUCAGGCAACACACAAUCCUCAAACAUCUAGAGUGGGAGACAACCUGUCUACCUGCCUGCCAUCUCCAGCCACCACCUCAGGUCCUAGCUCUAACCACAGUGCCAGUGGGUUGGUUGUGGGCAGUACUGUGGCAGUUCCUCAAGCCAUUGAACAAAUGACUUUCACCUAUGUCAACAUCACAUCAUUGUUUUUGAGUGCUCAUGACAUCUGGGAGCAGGCAGAAGAGUUGGCACGUAAAGGCAGCGGUAUGUUGGCAGAGCUGGACACUGUUAUGGGGCCCUUAAACCUGUCUUCAGAUAUGACCUCCAUGGUCCGCUACACAAGACAAGGUGUUUACUGGCUGAGGCUGGACAGCCAAAAGGUAUGA